UGCUUGUAGAGAGAGGCGGAGGGAGUGCUUUACCGCAGUAUCACUACAUUUCUGCACCACUCAUCAAAACUCUGCGGCAUGCAGGCAAGACCUGGGGGGGGAGGGCAGUUAUUAGGUCUGUUCUGGGUACUGGACCGCUUCCUCCUCUGGUAGCCUAUCAACUCAUCUUAUAAGAUAGGCCACAGUGGUGCUUUCUUGCUUAAAUUUCAGUUCUUUUUUGCUCAGGAUUUUAAUAGACUUCUCUAAUUUCCGGUGUUCCUCUCAUAUCCAAAGCGGAACUAUCACUCUGCUGUCGUGGUAAUUGUUGCAACCCAAUUAGGGCGCGUUUAUUGGAGGUUUGGUGGCAAAAAAAAUUAAGGAUAAAAUGGCAAAUGAAGGAGAAAAAAGCAAAUGGAAAGAUUUUUUCUGGAACCCCAGGACGAGGGAGUUCAUGGGCAGAACGGCGAGCAGUUGGGGUCUCAUCCUCCUCUUCUAUUUAGUUUUCUACAUUUUCCUUGCUGGCCUGUUUGCCCUCACCAUGUACGUCAUGCUGCAGACCUUGGAUGACCACAAGCCAACCUGGCAAGACAGGUUGUCCACACCAGGCUUGGUAAUUAGACCCAACUCUGAUGAAGCCUUCCAGAUUGUCUACAACAUCAAGAACACUGAGAGCUGGGACAUGUAUGCUCAGGCCCUAGACAAGUUCCUGUCACCUUACAACGACUCUAUCCAGGCCCAAAAAAACCAUGAGUGCACCCCCAAUCAGUACUUCCAGCAAGAGGACAGCGGUGAUGUGAAGAACAACCCAAAGCGCUCUUGUCAAUUUAACCGCACCAUUCUUGAAGAAUGCUCUGGCAUCCAAGAUCGUUACUAUGGUUACCAGGAGGGCAAGCCAUGCAUCAUCAUCAAGCUGAAUCGGGUCAUUGGGUUGCUACCAGGAAAAAAUGGACAGGCCCCGUUUGUCACCUGUGGUGCUAAGAAAGAAGACACUGAAAAAAUGGGAGAGUUAGUGUAUUUCCCUCCAAAUGGCACUUUCAACCUCAUGUACUACCCUUACUAUGGCAAGAAAGCUCAGGUGAACUACUCUCAGCCUUUGGUUGCUGUCAAGUUUCUUAACAUUACUCUCAAUCAAGAUGUCAACAUCGAGUGCACGAUCCACGCCGACAACAUUCCCACUGGAAGUGAAAGAGACAAGUUUGCUGGGAGAGUGUCUUUUAAGCUGAGGAUUAACACCUACAACUAGGUUGACCUCUGAAAAUUACUCUGUCCAUUCUCUGCAACAUUGCACAUACACAGAAAAAAAUUGCAGUAUUCACACCCUUUGUAGGAUUUGUUUACAACCCCCCCUUAAAUCACGAGGGGGGAGGUUGGGGAUUGCUUUCCCAGUUGUGCGACAAGAUGAGGCGUGAAUAAAAGGGUGGUAAUCCUGUCAUUGUUUCUGUCUGUGAGCAUUCAGACAAAUUAUUUUCUGUAAAUUAGUUUGAGGUGAUAUCUAUUUAUACUGCAUGAUAAACAAAGGGAUAUAAAAGAUGUGUUUUCCAAGUUUGCAAGAUCAGCAGCAUUACUGGAGUAUUGCUGCUCACCUCCUGCUGCCUCCUUAUAGAGUAUCCCUCUAUAUAUGAAUAUACACAAAUUACAACACAAAAUGUGUAUAUCUCCAGUAUUUAUAUGGCAUCAUAACCUUAUAUCAAUACGUCUAUUUUGUUGCACUCAAAAGAAUAAUCCAACAAAUUUGCAUAUAUCUUGAUGGAUGGAUGCCGAGAUGAAGCCAUUUGCAUGUGUGUUUUGUCUUUAGUGUGAUAUGAGGGCAGGAGCCCCACCCCCACCGACCUGUAUCCCACCUCUCAGCUUAGUUUUAAAUAAGGUUAUGUUAAAUGACUGACCACCAGGAGGAAGCACACUGCAAUCUCUAACCUUCACACACUGCUAGUGUUUGUGUAUACUUUGACAACAGGAUAACAGUAAGAUCUCCAGAAAAUAAGAAAAAUUCAGUAAAGGUCAAGAGAAAUGAUCAAUACAGGGAGAAUGUGCAUUUUUGUGCAUCUGUUUGAGUGUGUGUUCCAUUUGUAGGUCCGAUUUCAUACCGUGGGUCGGGAAGUUGCAUGCAAUGUGCAAUAUUCAUUAAGUGGCAUACAUAAUGAAUGAUUGUGUCCAUUCAUCAGAUGACUCUUAUUAAAUAGUGAUUAUUUUGGAUCAUUUGGUAUUCACACUGGUUGUGCUGAGAGUAAUGAGUAAAGCAAAUAUAAGUCAUAUUUAGGUUACUUUGAAUAAUGAUAACAAAUUAAUAUUAAGUGACUGUUCAUCAGUCAGAUGUCUUGACAACACAAAUUCAGGUUAACUUAAUGUGGGGUCCCAAUCAACCAUCUGAAUAUCAGCAAAAAUGAACCAUUUGCUGACAGUACAUUCCCUUUAGCCGAUUUCAUUCUAAAGAGAAACCAAAAGCUAUUUUCCCAAGUUUGAAUUUCUAUUGAAUUCAAAUAUAAAUAUUUAACUUACUUCUGUUUAUUUUCUUCGUUAUGCAUCUAUUUUGUUUGUGUGUGAAAUAGAUGCAGUUGUCAUAUUUUUUAUUGUUUUGCACUGGGAGUGUGUAUUUCUUUUUUCUUUUGUGAAGUCAUUUUAUUAAGUGUAUUUACAGUUUUGGAGGAGGACAAUGUAGAACGUUUGUUAAUGUUCCCUAAAUUACUUUCAUACUCAUUAUUGAAUAUUUAUCCAGGAUGUCAAAAUGUAUAGUUUAUAUCUACUCGAACGGGUGUGAAAAAUUAGUGCAUCAGAGUUUUGAACAGUAGGUUUGUAGGAAAUGACAAAAACUGGAGAUGUGCAGUACUCCACUGACCACACAGAAAAAUAUUUAUUUAUACAUUUUUUUUGUUUUUGUGUUGCUCUCUGCUGUUGCAUCUCUCUGAAGGAAAAGCCAUCAUGAUAACUAGACAACCAAUAGCAACCUCUUUAAAUACAGGCCGAAGUGUGGUGCUGGAGCUGAGGUUCCUAACAUGCAGUUGCUGUGAUGUAAUCUGUGGAGUCACACUUUGAAACGUACGUCAGCACAGCCACAAAGUACUAAGCCAACUCGACUGUGAUCCGGUCUACACAGCAGCUGAUCUCAUUCAGUGAGGUCUGAUUGACUUCACAACUCAAUUGUUCUUGGUAAAAAAAAGUAGGCUCCAAAUAUGUUUGCUCGUAUCCUGCAUCAUUCUAAACAGGGAAUUCAUUAUCUGAUCCAAACUUGACAGAGAAUAAAAGAAAGACAAUUAGGUCUAAUGUGAUUAUCUGAUCAUUAUCUGCAGGCUCAUUCAGAACGAAGGAUGUUCUCUAACAGGCACCUCUUUUAUAGCUUUUUGUGACUCCACUGACCAGUUCACAUGCAUUUCUCCUCUAGCCUCCCUGUAACACUUACUUAAUUUCACUGUAAUCUCUUAAUCUGGUCAGAUAAUCCAGAGCAGGCAUGCUGAACUUCUUUACCCUACCUUGUUGCUCCUCCUCCUCCUGUCAAACGCAUCCUUCGCUUCUGCAAAACCACAUUUUCACAGUUUUUCAGGACAUUUCAACUCAUGCUCCCCCAAAUCAUUAUCAGAUUCAAUGAAGUAUGAACCAUUCAGCUAAUCAAAUGUUUGGCUUCAUCACCUCAUUGGAAAAUCCACUUUUAUUCAUGUGUAUUUGAAGAUUACUUCUUCAACCAAAGAUCUCCAUGACAGUUGUAUUUAUUCUUGCAGAACUGACACAUCUUCAUAGGCAAAAAUGAAAAAGAUCUCCUAUAGAGACACUAUAGGAUCCAUUUGGAGGGCUAAAAACCCUGUUAUGACAAGGUCCCUCUUACAUAAUGCACAAAAGGAACAUGUUUCAACGUAACAGUGCCUCCUGGUGGACAGAAAGUGUUGUUAACCAGUGUCAGAAUGUUAUUUCCUGUCAUCUCCAUUUAUCUUUAUUUUUCAGUGACAAUUUGGAAAUGUCCUCAAAAAGCAAUAUAUUAAUUUCCUGUGUGGAUAUAUGUCCAUUGAGUGAGGAGGCUGUAACAAAACUGGUGCAACGUGUAUAAUCAAGAACAAGGGGUUAAAAAACAAAUAAAGGAACAGGUAGUUAUUGCAUUCUGGCAAUUUUGCAGGCAAUAUAAAAAUAAUUGCUUUGUUUAUAAAAGUGUAUUUUUGUUGUAAAAGGGAGAGAAUGUACUAGCUUGGACUGUAUUGUGUAAUGAAAACUACCUGGUAGAUUUUGAGCAGUUUGUUUUGGAACAUUUUUGGUUGUUUACUAUUUUUGCAUCAUUUGGGGCUUUCUUUUCUUUUCUUUUUUGAAAAGGAGCUCCUGAAGCUUGCAUUCAAAGUUCUAAACACUUAAUCUUCACAGCACUUUCAAAACUGCAAAGGUACCCAGUCCACAAGCUGGAAAGAGUCAGACAUUCAUGGUACAAACAAAAUGAAUGCAACAAACAUCAACUUGCACAUUUCCUUUUAAAUUUUAACUGCACUGUUGCUCAAGAUUGUGGUUAAGGAAUUAUUCAAGAAAGAAAUGUAUGACAUUUGUUCCAAUUGUCCAAAUGGGUAAAAAAAAAAAAAAAAAGGAUAUUUAUUUUUUGCUCUUUUCUGUAUGUAUAUUUUUGCUUAUGUUUACUGCAAACCAAGAUAGAGAAAUAAAUGUAAUUUAAGGGAA